GCCAUAUUCCACCAAUAUUACGGGAAAUAUAAACUCAAAUUAAUGAUUUAAUUUUCAUUCCCCUCAAAAAAAUGAUUUAAUUUUCAUAGGCAAAGGGAGACCAAUAUUCUCCAUAUAUAUACACUACCAGAUUCACAUACAACUUCACCCCUCACUCUCCCACUCUCACUUCUCCCCAACCACCCUUACCGCCACCUCUUUCUCUCUCUUCUACACCAUGGAAUACGACAGUUAACUGAAAACAACCGUUGCCGCCACCACCACCGCCAGGAUGUCAUUAUCUUAUGCUGAUUGCUUCUCCGACUUACUCUGUUCCGAGGAAUCCGGCGACGUUAUAUCCGCCGGAGGUUCCCCGGAAUUCUCGUCGGAGUGUGAAUCGCCGGCGAUUAACGAGGAAGAUGAGUCAGUAAUUGCCGGAUUCAUCGAAGAGGAGCGAAACUCAUUUAAUAUCCUUUUCGCCUCCGGCGAUGGAGAUUCUGUAUCUGUUUCUCUCUCCGCCUCCACCACCACCACUACCACCACCUCUACCUCCUUCUCACUCCUGGAUUCUACCUCUCGCUCCCGCUCAGUUGCAUGGAUUUUCAAGGUGAGAGCGUUCUAUGGGUUUCAGGCAGAGACAGCAUACCUCGCUGUCAACUACUUAGACCGUUUUCUAAGUUGCCAUCAUCUACCGCAAACAGGUGGGUGGCCAUUACAACUUUUAUCAGUUGCAUGCUUGUCACUAGCUGCCAAGAUGGAGGAACCUCUUGUUCCUUCCUUGUUGGAUCUUCAGGUUGAAAGUAGCAAGUUCAUUUUCGACCCAAAGACGAUCCAAAGAAUGGAGCUUCUAGUCCUAACCGUGUUGAAUUGGAGAUUACGGCUUGUUACACCCUUCACCUUCAUUAGUUUCUUCGCGUACAAGGUUGAUGCAUCAGGAACCUACACCGGUCUCCUAAUCGCACGAUCAACUGAUCUUAUACUCUCUAACAUACAAGCAGAGGGCAGAUUUGUGGAGUACUGGCCAUCAAGCAUAGCAGCAGCUGCCAUACUUUGUGCAGCAAGUGAAAUGCCAACUUUGUCCUUUGUCACCCCUCAGCAUGCUGACUCAUGGUGUGAUGGGCUUUCUAAAGAAAAUAUAAAUGAUUGCUACAAGUUAAUGCAACAGUUAAUGGUGGAUCAUAGCAGAAGGAAAUCCAUCAAAGUCAUACCACAAUUCAGAAUUACAGCACAAAUCAACAAAAUCAGGUCUUUCAAUGACUCAUCAUCUCCAUCUUCAUCUUCCACCUCCUCACCAUCACCAUUUUCUAAUAAAAGAAGAAGAUUAAACAACAAUAAUAAUCAACCAUGGAUUAUGGAUGAUGAUCAUGAUCAUGAUCUAUAAAAAUCCUCUAAACUUUCUUUCCCCCCCUAGAUAUACGACCCUAUAGAACAAAUCCUGUUCAAGUAAGGUCGUUAGGAUGGCUUUUAGGUAAAUGAUCAAAUUAGUUUUUUAUUUUUUUACCUUUUUGGCCAUUUGAUCAAGAAAAAAAUGGCUUUUGCCUCUCCCAAGGGUGUUGGGAGUUUGUCUAGUACAUUGUAUAUGUAUACUUGAUUUUGUGUGACAAAAAAAAUUAUUAUUAUAGUGGUGGAUGAAAAAAAGAAUAAAGAGAGGUGGAGGAGUUGAUACUUGAUAGUGGGAGUCUAUGGAAGUGGGGAGUUGUUGAUAUUGCAAUUUCAAAGGUUGCAUUGAUUGUUAUUGAAACAAAGAGAUGAAGAUUUUUCUUUUGAGAGAAAAAAGUGGGGUCUAUUUCUAUGUAUAGGUGAUGAAAAGUGAGGCUUGUGAGUGACAAAAUUCAUAGGCAUUCAAGAAGGUUGAAGUUGGGUUUUUUUUAAGGAGAAAAAAUAGUCAAGUUUUUCUCUUUUUCUCUUUCACAUUCUCUACUUAUCUAGGCUUCCACAAAUGCCUCUAUUCCAAUGAAGAAAGAGAGAGGGGGAAAGAUUGAAAAGAAAGGAGUUGCACAAAAGGAUAAAUAAGAUGGGUCAUUACAUUUAAAUAAAAGUAAUUUCAUCUUAGAGGUUCUUUAAUGAUCAGAGUACUGUUUUACAUGUACCCUUGGAUGGAGCAAUGUGACAUGAGUGUGUAUGUUGUUUUUUUGGCGGGAGAAAAUUGCGAAAAGCAAGCAUAAUUUUGGAUUUUUUUUUUCUUUAUAAUGAUGUAAUUUAUCUAGCAUGUGUGUGAAGGUCACACAUUUACAUUCUAUUUAAUUUAAAUUUCUUUUUAGGUUAGGGAGAGAUCAAUUCUCUAUGUAUGUAAUAUGGCCCCACAAAAAUGUGGCCAACAAACCAUAAUGUAAAGGUUCUCAGAGGGAGGGACCUUUGAAUGUACUACUCUAAUAUGUUUGUAUUUGGAUUCAUCAAUGUGACGUAUAUAUUUGUUUUUUGGUUUAUAA